AUAAAAAGAAAAACCUUUGAAAAAAACGAAUAUUAAAUUCAAACAAAAAUAUUAAAAAUAUAUCAAAUGAAAGUAAAGACCUUUUUUUUGCUAUUAGCAUUAAUUUUGAUUAGCUCUCCCUAAGUAUUUUGUAGAUUAUCUGGCAAAAGCUUCCAUUUAGUUUUUUAGCAAUAGGUUGUAACAGUUUUAGCUGCAAACAAGGAUUCUGAAAGCACUUAAGGGAUAGAUUACUACUGGAAAUAGGCCUAAUCUAAUUGCUAAUCAGAAGUUAGAGAUGUUAUUUAAUAUGGUUUGUUUGAAAGAUAACUUAGUAAAUUGACUAAAUGCAUGUUCGAAAGAAAUCAAGAAGAAAUCAAGAACUGCAAAAGCAAUUUCUUAUAAUAGGUAGUAUAACCUAUCCAAGAAUAAAUGAACGUUGAAACUGAAUAUGAAACACACAAAUAAUAAGUAAAAAAAUCAAUGAUCUUCAAUUCUAAAUUAUUGAAAAAGCCAUCAGGUAGCUUCUUAGUUUGA